AUGAACCACGACAACCAAAUUCGGGCCGUUAUAGAAAUAAUCAUCGAACCUGGGACCGUGAAGAUGGUGUAUAAACCGGUGUGUGAAUUACUCAAUCACAUAGAUCCCGAACACUCUACAGAGAAGGUACUUCGUCCUGAGUACAUCCACCCUGAUGGUCUAUCCGAUUUCGAUCCAUACUUAGCUGAUUUCAAGCCAGUAGUAGAAGAAGAUGACUACAUACCGUUGCCAGAAAAUGACGAAACAAUUGACGGUCUACCUAUAUUCCUCUUAGAGCCAAAGAAUGCUUACGUGCAAAGAACAAAACCUGCAAAUCUCCUUUGCAGAGCAGCAAAUGCGUUGCAGGUCUUUUUCAAAUGCAACGGCUUCAGAGUUGAAAAGACUGUACAGUUGGAGCAUGUAGACCCACAUAAUGGAGUCAGGGUGGUGGAAGCUGAGUUGAAUGUGACCAGGAAUGAGGUGGAUGAAUAUUUCGGUGGUACUUAUGGGUGUGAAUGUUACGCGUGGAACAGCAAAGGAAAAAUACGUAGUCAAUCGGUUUAUAUAGAAUACGCUUAUAUAAAGAAGCAGUUCGUUCAGCAACCAGUAUCAGCAACUGUAGAAGCUGGUAGAAGUGUCACGUUCAGGUGUUCACCGCCUGCUGCCGCUCCACCUGCAACCAUCAAAUGGAUGAGGAACGGAGCGCCCAUUGAAGCGACAGACGAGGUGUUGGUACUACCUAAUGUAGGACUUCAGGACAUGGCGAACUACACGUGCGUCGCCGAGAACAUAGCUGGUAGGCGGGAGUCGGAUGUCGCCGUAUUAUCUAUAUACGUGAAUGGGGGUUGGUCGGAAUGGUCGCCUUGGGUGCCGUGUCGUUGUGGCACACAAUCAAGUGGAAGACGGCGUGUACGCACCUGUACCGAACCUGAACCAGCCAACGGAGGAGCUCGAUGCAGAGGAAUGUCUUCACAAACCGAUGAGGACUGUUUAAGAUGUCAAAAUAGUGGGGCAUGGUCUCAAUGGGGUUCGUGGUCACCAUGUGGAGAGGACUGCGUGAGAGUGAGACGAAGAGAAUGCACAGGAGCAUGUUCCGGUUCAACCAUGCAACAUGCCUCCUGCGUCGAUGGCAUGUGUGCUGCAAGUAAAUACAGCAACAUUACUUUGUACGUGGGCAUCGGUAUCACUGUCGCAAUGUUGACGGCUGGAGCUGCAUUGCUUUUCGUCUGGUGUCGGUUCAGGAGCAGGCCUGGAUACAUUGCUGCUCGUACUGCUGCCAGAACGAUGACGUCACGAUCUAGCGAAUGCUCCUCAUCGCAGUUGGCGGAGUUGGUACCAUCAUCUUCGUCCGUCUCCAAAGUGGAUGUAGCAGUUACAUUGCCGACAGCACCAUUAGACAUUAGUUAUAGAGACAAAAUAUGUUUAACAAUCGUGAAAUGA